CAAAAUUAACUAGAUUUGUUUCCAUAUUAUACAUCAAAUUUCCCCUUUUUAUCUCCUAAUUUUCUUUAUUUUACGCGUCAUUAAUUCAUUGUUUCCUUCUUUGUAAUCGUUUUAACCCCAAAAAGUUUCCGUUUGCAAAUAGUGACAGCAAAACAAAAAAACAACACAGAUUUCACAAAUUCAUACACACAGACACAGACAUCUCUCUCUCUCUCUCUCUCUCUCUGUUAAUUGCUUCUCUUUCUCUGUUUCUCAUCGUUUUUGUGAAUUUUCAACAUCAAAUUCACAAACCCAUUUAGAAAAAUUGCUGAUUUUUCAUUCUCUCUCUCUCUCUCUCUCUCUCUCUCUCUCUCUCUCUCUCUCUCUUUAAACUCAUUGUAACUGUCUGAAACAAUUCAAUCUUCCAUAACCCUUUUAUCCAAAGCUGAAAACUUUGCACUUUAAACUCAAUUCCAAACACACCCACAACAAAAAGAUUCAUUUUUUCUUCUUGUUUUCUGAUACAUAACAGAAAAAUAGGAUCUGAAUGAUGGGGGUUAGAAACAUUGUCUUGUUCUUACUUUGCAUCACUGUUGUUGCUCCUAUUGUUCUUUACACUGAUCGUCUUGGUUCUUUUGAAUCUCCACCUACAACCAAUGAAGAGUUUAUUGAAGAUGUUCCUGUUUUUCCUUUCAAUGCUGCAGACUCUGGCCAUUUGAAUCUGCUUCCUCAGGAAACUUCAACUGUUCUUAAGGAACCUAUUGGAGUUGUGUUUUCAAAUGAGGACUCAAUUGACAAAAGGAAUUUGCCUCGAGGUUUGCAAUUGGUGGAAUCAAGGGAGCAUGUGUCUGCGAGGGUAUUGUCGACGACAACUGAGGAAGAUCAAACUGAAAAGGAUAACACUAUCAAACUUGUGACGGAUGAAAUUAAGCAUGGAAAUCAAGGCGGUGAUGGCACCUCGGAGAAAAACGAUGCAAAUGGGGAAGAUGCUAUUGAUGUUGAUGACAAUGAUGGGAAACUCACUAAAUCGACUCGUGAUUCUACUCAAGAGCCACUUAUUAAGGGUACCAUGCUGGAGCAACAACAAGAAACAGAAACUUCUGGUGGAAAAAAGAAGAAAAGACCAGAGACAAACAAGCAAAAUGACCAAAUGCCAUCAGAUGCUCGGGUACUACAACUAAAAGAUCAACUCAUUCAAGCGAAGGUCUAUCUUUCCCUUCCAGUGAUUAAAAGCAACCCUCAGCUCACUCGGGAGCUUCGUUUAAGGAUGAAAGAAGUUUCACGAACACUCGGCGAUGCAACCAAAGAUUCUGAUUUACCUAGGAAUGCGAAAGAGAGGGUGAAGGCAAUGGAGCAAACAUUGUUGAAAGCUAAGCAAGUUCAAGCCGAUUGUGCUACUGUUGUGAAGAAGCUCAGGGCUAUGAUUCAUACUACGGAAGAGCAGCUACAUGUGCUCAAGAAGCAGACUUUGUUCUUAACACAAUUGACGGCAAAAACACUGCCAAAAGGUCUUCAUUGUCUUCCAUUGCGCCUCACAACCGAGUAUUAUAAGUUGAAUUCUUCUCAGCAACAGUUCGCUAAUCAAGAGAAGUUUGAAGACCCAAAACUAUACCAUUAUGCAAUUUUUUCAGACAAUAUAUUGGCAACAGCUGUUGUUGUCAACUCCACAGUUCUCAAUGCUAAGGAUGCAUCAAAACAUGUUUUCCACAUUGUUACCGAUAGGCUCAAUUAUGCAGCAAUGAGUAUGUGGUUUUUGGUAAAUCCACCUGGCAAGGCAACCAUUCAAGUUCAGAACAUUGAAGAAUUCACAUGGUUGAAUGCAAGUUACAGCCCUGUUCUUAAGCAGUUGGCUUCCCCGGCUAUGAUAGAUUAUUAUUUCAAGGCUCAUCGAGCAACUUCUGAUUCAAACCUAAAGUUUCGGAAUCCAAAGUAUUUAUCUAUCUUGAACCAUCUCCGUUUCUACCUUCCCGAGGUCUUUCCAAAGCUCAACAAAGUGCUGUUCUUGGAUGAUGAUUUAGUUGUGCAGAAGGAUCUGACUGGUCUUUGGUCAGUUGACUUGAAAGGAAACGUAAAUGGAGCUGUAGAAACUUGUGGAGAAAGUUUCCACCGAUUUGAUCGCUAUCUCAACUUUUCAAAUCCUCUUAUUGCAAAGAAUUUUGACCCACAUGCUUGUGGGUGGGCAUACGGUAUGAAUGUAUUUGAUUUAGUCGAAUGGAAGAGGCAAAAGAUCACAGAGGUGUAUCACAACUGGCAGAAUCUGAAUCAUGAUAGACAACUGUGGAAGCUAGGAACACUGCCACCAGGUCUCAUAACAUUCUGGAAACGUACUUUCCCACUGAACCGAUCGUGGCACGUGUUGGGUCUGGGCUACAAUCCCAACGUCAACCACAAAGAUAUUGAGCGGGCUGCUGUUAUGCACUACAAUGGGAACAUGAAGCCAUGGUUGGAGAUAAGUAUUCCCAAGUUUCGAGGUUACUGGACAAAAUAUGUCAACUAUGAUCAUCCAUAUUUGCGAGAAUGCAAUAUCAAUCCAUAGAUAGUCUAGAGGUGGGUCAUAAAACCUAAAUGUGUAGGGCUUCUGUUUUUUUUUAAAGCUUCAAAAUUCAUUUUUUGUAUAAGUUUUUUCAUGUUUUAUAUCUGUAUUUUUUGAAUUGGAACAUAGAAGAUUAAGAGCCAACAAAGUGCGGAGUUGCUAACUCUACUUGUAAAUGAAACAUGAAAUGAAGAGCAAUUUUUUAAGUCCUAGAUUGUGCCAUUUUUUCAAAACACCUCUUCAGUCAUGUAGUCUCUUCUUCCCUUUGUUGCUUUAUACAUGUUUCAUUUUAAGUUGAUACACUCUUCAAUUACCAGUGUAA